CCGCGUCGGAGCCAAGCCCAGCUGCUCAGGAUGAUUAGCGACGUGCAGUUCGCCAUCUUCAACAACAUGCUAGGCCUAUCGCUCUUCCUGCUUGUCGUUCUCUAUCACCAUGUGGCCGUCAACAAUCCCAGGAAGUAGGAAUGAAAGUGGCGGUUUCUUCGCCCCAGGGUCCCAGGACAUAGUGUGAGGCAAGAUGGAGAGUGUGAGGGGCCCUCACACUUCACUUCAUCCC